CUCACCGAGUUGCAUGUUGCAUGUUGCAUGAUACCGAGCCGACUUGCAGGAUACAGCUCUGACCAUGUCAGACCUCGCCAGAUCUUUCGCAAAGACAAAGGUGUCCUCCCUGCCACCUCCAGAACCGUUGAUCGAGGAAGAAGAUGAUUCAAGCUCAGCAAGCUCCAUGUCCAGUACUGGAACGGUAAUACCGUCAAACGUGCUGCGCCCCGCCCCCGCCAUUCAUUGGUCAGACUACUAUGCGCAAGAGUUCUACCUUGAGAGGGAAAAGCCUCGCUCCAAGUUCCAUGUUUACAUUACGCCGCCCGCAUCGCUGCAAUCCCCGCUGUUGGUGCUUCACCAUGGCGCAGGAAGCUCUGCAAUGAGUUUUGCUCUUGCUGCGAAAGAGAUCAGAAAGGCCAUGCCUGGUAUUGGUAUUCUUGCAUUGGAAGCAAGAGAACACGGCAGUGUCGUCUGGGAUGAGAGCGGCGCGGUGGACAACAAUUCGAGUGUUGACCUCUUGGGACAAGACAUGGUGGACAUGAUCUCCCUGACGCAGCAGAAGAUGGGCUGGAAAGAACUACCCACGCUCGUGCUCAUCGGACACAGUCUUGGUGGCGCAGUGGUGACACACGUUGCAAACAUGGGUCUGCUUGGCAACAAGAUCUUGGGAUUCGCAGUGCUCGAUGUGGUGGAGGGUAGUGCGAUGGAAGCGCUCAAGCACAUGCAGGCGUAUCUGAGAACUCGGCCAAAGCUUUUCGACAACCUUGACGCCGCCAUUGACUGGCAUAUCCGCUCGCGUACGCUGCGCAAUAUGGAUUCUGCAAGUGCUAGUGUACCGAGUCUCUUCAUGCAAACGUCAGCUGGAGGUCGCUGGGUGUGGAAAACAGAUCUCUCCAAGACCGAAUCCUACUGGGAGAACUGGUUUAACGGAAUGAGCGCAAAGUUUCUCAAGGGCAAAGGGGCAAAGUUGCUGCUCCUUGCUGGAACAGAUCGCCUGGACAAGGAACUGAUGAUUGGACAAAUGCAGGGCAAAUUUCAACUCGCAGUCUUUCCUGCCGCAGGCCACUUCCUCCAAGAAGAUCAGCCAGAGAAGACUGCCGAGGUCAUUGUUGAAUUUGUCAAACGCAAUGACCGAAGCACAUUGGUGCUUCCUCCUAAGGUCUCAGAUCUCCUUGCGCAAGGCAAAAAGGUCUGAGGCUUGCAUAGCCGUGUCGUAUGUCUCUGUCACACAGAUAGGCAUGCUACCACCUCCCGCUGUGCGCCGCGGAUUUUCGUGUACGGUCCAUGCGCUUCCA